AAGUCGUUUGCCUGCUCGUGGCACGACUGCGACCGCUCAUUUGCACGCAAGUCGGACCUGGUCCGCCACUUCCGCAUCCACACCGGCGUCAAGCCAUUCGAGUGCCCAUGGGCUGGCUGCGAGAAGCGCUUCAUCCAGCGCUCGGCCCUCAAGGUCCACUACCGCACGCACUCUGGCGAGCGUCCGCACACCUGCGAGGGCUGCGAGCGUAGCUUCAGCGACUCGUCCUCGCUGGCGCGCCAUCGCCGCACCCACACCGGUGUUCGGCCGUACGGCUGCGAGCACCCCGGCUGCAGCAAGCGGUUCACCCGCAAGACCAGCCUGCGCAAGCACAUGCAAACCCACGAUCCGACCUAC